AUGCCCGGAAGCAGACGACAUCGUGAAUAUACUUAAGCGCCAAGGAACGUGUUAUCGAUUAAAGCAUAUAGACGACCCUUGAGAUCAUCGAUUUCCCCAACACCCACCAUGAUAGAAGACAUAGACGAAGCAACAUCUGCGCUCAUCGCUCAGCUCACUCUCCAAGAUAUUACAGAGAUAUCGGGUGCUCGCAAGGGAAAGGGGCGAAGCGAUGUAGCAAAGAGCGAUGAAGAGUAUGCCCUCGAUCUUCAGGCAGACUAUUGGCGCAUGGAGCUGGAUCUCCAGCUAGCCCAGAGCCUGAGCCGAGCCUUAGAGACAGAUGCCAACUGGCUGGCGGUGGAACAGGCGGCCGAGGACGAUCACAGAUACGCGCUCGCACUAUCGAACGGUGCUGAGCUCCCCGCUCAGUCUGCGAAUCAAAGCCUCUUGGAGAAUCCCGCCUUCGUGAGAACACUCUUCACGCAUCAUCCCCCAACAUGGCAACCAAUGCUAAUCGUAGCUUCCGUGCUCCGUGUGAAGAUCAGUACUGCCAUGGCUGCCUCCGAGAUCUCGUCCAGGCUAGUAUCAACGACGAAUCACUGUACCCUGUCCGAUGCUGCGGCCGACCUCUUGUCGAGAGAGAUUUCUUACCACUCCUUCCCUUUUCCCUUACGAACACGUUUUCAAAUCAAGUCCAGAGAGCUAGGAACGCCAGCCAUGAGCCGCGUUUACUGUCAGAACCCUAUCUGCUCGGCUUUCCUUGGUUCGUCAGAGGGAAGGAGACGCGGACAUGCUGUCUGCCCUUUAUGCAAACAGAAUGCACAUCGAGGGGAGAACUACCUGUCCCAGGACUGUCAUUCAAUUAUUGAGCUCAAUCAUGGUUGCUAUCAUAUGACGUGCAGGUGCCUCACGCAGUUCUGCUAUGUUUGUGCGGUACCGUGGAAGAAUUGCCACUGCCCGCAGUGGGAUGAAGAUCGAUUGUAUAUCACUGCUCAGCGAAGGGUGGAAGAGGAGAUGGGUCCUCGCGCCACAGCAGCCGCACCAGAUAUUUUCCAGAGAGAGGUGGCAGCGAGAGCAGAGCAGCUGAGAUCCAACCACGACCUGCCGAGAUGCGAAGAAUGCAGUUGGUAUUUGCGGGAGUAUCUUCUUGUCUGUACCCACUGUGGAUUAGCGGCAUGUGUUCGCUGCUGUCGGAAUCGGCUGCUGUGAUGGUCUUGAUAGCCGAAGAACAUUGAAGUUUGAACUCGUUUGUGUCUGGUAGAAUAUUCCGUGGCGCUUGGCCUAAAUGAACAGUAAUUUUGAAUGACUGGUUGUGUACUGUGACUCAAUCUGGAAAAAAUAAAUUAGAGAAACGGAG